GCAGGAAGCGGAUAUGUUUGAGAAUUAUAGCACACAGCAAUUAUGACACAUCUUUGGUUUCUUCCUCCUUUUCUCCCCCUCCUCCACACAGCAGCCCCUCGCACACCUUCAAACAGCCCAACUGCUCCAUUUCGGUUUGUUCAAGCUGCUUCCCCGAUGGCCUUUGAAUGUGCACCUGCCCCACUGCCCCUGUUGUGCCACUGACUGCAUCGAAGGGAGAAGAAAACAUCUGGGUGUCUUUAUUUCUGCCAUCUAAGAAAAGCAAGAAAGAGACAUCUAAAUAUAUCAAGUUGAAGAACAAUCCACAUAUACACUUCUGGAGCCGAUUUGUAAGUUACACAGAAUGACGCCUUUUUUGGAAGAGUGAAAUAACAGACCAUGGAUACAUGAUAUUGUGACAUCCUUGUGUCCUCCAUACAUGCUACGUAUUCCAACAAGAUGAAUUCCAUAAAGUGUGUACUGGUGGGUGAUGCUGCUGUCGGUAAGACGGCCCUUCUUGUACGCUUCACCUCAGAGGCAUUCCCUGAUUCAUACAGAGCCACAGUCUAUGAAAAUACAGGAGUGGAUGUCUAUAUGGAUGGUGUACAGAUCAGUCUUGGACUAUGGGACACAGCAGGGAAUGAUGCUUUCAGAAGCAUACGUCCUCUUUCCCUUCAGAAUGCAGACAUUGUGUUACUGUGUUUCUCAGUGGCCAACCACACCUCAUUUUUAAAUGUGAGGAAUAAGUGGAUUGGUGAAGUAAGACAGCACUUACCUCGUAUUCCUGUGCUUGUGGUGGCAACUCAGACUGAUCAGCGGGAACUGGAUCAUAUGCGACUUCCUUGCAUUAACUCAAUGGAUGGCAAACAAUUAGCCCAGGAUGUUCGAGCCAAAGGAUACUUGGAGUGUUCCGCUCUCAGUAACAGAGGAGUUCAGCAGGUAUUUGAGUGUGCAGUUAGGACAGCAAUUAACCAGGCGAAGAAGAGGGCCAGACGGCACCGUUUCCUGUCCCAAGAAUGCAAAAUCUUUUGAACUACACUGGUAUAUGUUAUGACCUCUAUGGUCUACAUGUUAAACUUUGUGCAAAGGGUCAAAAGCCCCUCAACUAAUUCAUGUGACAUACUUUUAAUAUAGCUUUUAUGUAAUGCAACUGACAUUUGAGAAAACGUACCCUAAAGACACUUUCAUCCAUUUGCAAAUAACUUAUUUGAGAAUGUGACUUUUUAAUUAUUUUAAAUGUUGCUCUUUGCUUUUCAAGUAUGAAAAACAUAACAGUUGUCAGAAGUCUUACUUAUGCAGCCUCUAUAAAGGCCACGGAUGCCAACACCCAGAGAAAAGGAGACUUAUGGGACAUCAAACUGCUCCUACUACUCAAUGGUAUAUAUAUAUACUUAUACAGUGGCGUAACUAGUUGUUACUGGGCCCCAUAGCAAAUUCAAUUUAGGGCCCCAAAAUAUUUAUAAGUUGGCUUAUUUUACCAAGAUAUAUUAAAAUUGCUAAUUAAUUAGGGUCUCACUGGGCCCCCUACACUCCUGGGCCCCCCUGCAACCGCAGGGUCUGCUUCCUCUAUAGUUACGCCCCUGUACUUAUAUAUACUUAUAGAAUACCGGCACUCUCGAAAAAUCAGCAAACUGAAUGCCUGGGUGCAAUCCUUAAAAUAUGUAGUCAAUGAUCCUCAGAAAAGGAGCACUCGCAGGUCUUAUGAAUGAAAAAACUAUUUAUUAGGGGCACAAAACUUACGUUUCAGGUGAGACACCAGCCUUUCUCAAAUAUAUAUAUAUAUAUAUAUAUAU